GGAAUAAUCCAUACAGGCUCCCAGGGGUGGCAGGUGUGCCUCAGGGUAGAGGGGAAAGGCUCCCCGGAUGAGAAGUUGACGAGUCCGAGCUGAACUGACGUCCCACUGGCCUGGCGAGAGUGAGGGCGCAGGAGGAGCUGUGUGAGGGGAAGAGACAGGAGGAGGAGGAGGGUAGGUGGGUGGUUAUUGCUCGUCUUGUUUCCUGCUCUAGUUUCUGUACGAGAGAGGAAACCGUGGGGACCUCGCCUCGUAUCUGCUCCAGCCUGGAACUUGCCUUCACCCCGUUUUAUGCGACCAUUGGCCUCCCCCGCCGCCGGAAAUCCUCCUCUCCAGCACAAUAAUAAAGCCAAUCUCUUCCUGCUGCCCAGCUCUGCCCUCGGCUGCUUCUCCUCCUCCUGGGCCCGGACUCGUAGGCAGAGGGAACCCCGGACACCGGGGCAUCGCUGCUCGGAUUAGCAGUGGAUCUAAGGGCCGGGGCUGUGCUGCAGGGACAUCAAUAUGAGUCACUCCCCGGUGCAGCCCGGCCUGCAUGGGAUACAGAUUGCUUUGAAAUAACCUAGGGCAGCUUUCUACAAUGAGCCGGCUGAGAUAAGUUGCUGGAGAGGUAUUCUGUAUAUAACAGGACUGUCCCAUAUUGAUGAAUCUUAAAGCUGAUCCAGAGGAACUGUUCAGAAAACUAGAGAAAAUAGGCAAAGGCUCGUUUGGAGAAGUUUUUAAAGGAAUUGACUAUAGGACUCAGAAAGUUGUGGCCAUAAAAAUUAUAGAUCUGGAAGAAGCAGAAGAUGAAAUAGAGGAUAUUCAGCAAGAAAUCACUGUGCUCAGCCAAUGUGACAGCCCCUAUGUAACCAAGUACUAUGGCUCCUAUCUUAAGGACACAAAAUUAUGGAUCAUUAUGGAAUACCUUGGAGGAGGCUCAGCUCUGGAUUUGUUAGAACCUGGUCCUUUAGAUGAAACACAGAUUGCAACCAUUUUACGGGAAAUCUUAAAGGGACUUGACUACUUGCAUUCAGAGAAGAAAAUUCACAGGGAUAUUAAAGCUGCCAAUGUGCUGUUAUCUGAACACGGGGAGGUGAAAUUAGCUGACUUUGGUGUUGCAGGACAACUUACUGACACUCAGAUCAAGAGGAACACCUUUGUUGGAACUCCAUUCUGGAUGGCACCAGAAGUCAUAAAGCAGUCUGCAUAUGAUUCCAAGGCAGAUAUCUGGUCCCUGGGCAUAACGGCUAUUGAACUCGCAAAAGGAGAACCUCCUCAUUCAGAGCUGCAUCCCAUGAAAGUCUUGUUCCUUAUACCCAAGAACAAUCCUCCCUUGCUGGAAGGGAACUACAGCAAAGGUCUGAAGGAGUUUGUAGAAGCCUGCUUAAACAAGGAGCCCAGUUUUAGACCCUCGGCUAAGGAACUGCUGAAACACAAGUUUAUUAUGCGAAGUGCAAAGAAAACCUCCUACUUAACCGAGCUCAUAGACAGGUACAAGAGAUGGAAGAUAGAACAAGGCCAUGAAGCCUCCAGCUCAGACUCUGAGGAGGAUGAAGCGGAACAAGCUGCUGGCAGUGAGAAGGAUUACUGGAAUUUCACAAGAAGAAAGAGGGACUUGAAAAACUUGGAGCCUGUUCCAGCACAGCCAGAAGAGGUUAAAGACAUUCCUAAACGGCCUUUGUCUCAGUGCUUAUCUACAAUAAUGUCUCCUUUAUUUGCAGAGCUUAAGGAGAAGAGUCAGGCAUGUGGUGGGAACGUAGGCUCAAUAGAAGAACUGAGAGAGGCAAUUUAUUUAGCUGAAGAGGCCUGUCCGGGUAUCUCGGACUCCAUGGUUUCCCAGCUUCUUAUUAGGCUUCAGAGGUAUUCCGUUAAUGGGGUGGACUCUUCCUCACACUGAAGGACGGUUUCCUCCUUUUUAAGGCAAAAAUGGACCUUACAUUAUUAUCCCUAUUGAAUAUGCCUCCACUCAUGGAUAUCACAGGAUACGGACAUUCCUGAAUGAUGAGGGACUAAAGAUAGGGAGUUGGUGAAAGCUAUAGUUUUUAUGAUUUUCUUUUCCUUUUUUUUUUUUCUCUAAUCAUAGUGCGAAGAUAUAAAACUGUAAAAACAAAAAUUUCAGCGAAGUACUGUGACAAGGCAAAUGAAGAUAUUGUGAAACCUCAGGUAUCUUGCUUUAAGCAGUCCGUUCUGCUGGAGAUGGAAUGAAAGCUGAGUUUAAUUGCUGUACAGAAAGUUAUCCAGCAGAUGCCUCCGCCUUCCUUCCUCAAGCCGGUGUGAGCUCCCAGCAUGCCCAGCAGCUGAAGCCUAUGAAUGCUGGGAGAUGCACAACAGCUGGAGGGACGUGGGCUGACAUCCCAAGUUUACUUUUUACUAGAGUUUGCCAACCUAAGAACAGACCCAGGGGGGCAGGAGCCACACAUGUUCUGUUUAUGGAUUUCAUAUUUGGCAGCCAUACUUAUGUUUUAUAUUCAUGGUUUAAAUGAAGCGCCAAGUCGAGUUGUGUUAUCUACAUACAGACGCCCCGUGGGAGAUGUGUUCAAUACGAACCAGUGUAACGUUUUGUCUAAAUGAUACAUGACAUUGUACAGUAUUGCUCUUUUCUUCAGAAAACAAGCGCUGGCAUUUAGUCUUCAAUACAUUUAUCGAUACACAUUAUUUGUAUAUACUUUAAAAGACAGAAGAUAGGUACUGUCACUAUGGAGUUUUAAUGUUUUUAAUUUAUAGAGCUGUAUGAAAUAUGUAAGGCACAGCCUCAUCACUGGGAUAAGUUAUGAGAAUAUUAUAACACAAUAUGUAAAGAAGUGUGUGCGGUUAUAUCAUUCUGUACAUGUCUCGGGUUUGUCUGGGCAGUGGCUCUGGGAAGAUGAAUGUGAAUGGUGAGCUGAUAUGAUAGUAACACUGUGUGUGCUGCCCUCCAGCUGCUGAACUGCACCUUCCAGCACCCACAACAGACACAAGGUGCUGGGAGUACCACCUGUUGGAUGGCACAGGUUUAUAUAAAGAGCGCCUAAUUUAAUUGCAAAAUAUUAUUGUAUUUUCAUUUUGUUUUUCUUGCUCUCAGGAAUGCUGGCAUUAGAAUCCUUACACGAAUGCAUAGAAAAGGCAACCAGUCCUGCGUCUGUUUGCUGUCAUUAGUAUUGCCAAGUAAUGGACUGGGCAUCACUAGAGGGCAGAUUUAUCAAGGGUAGUAUUGAAAAUUCAGAAUUAAAAUUUUCGAGUGCUUUUAUGGUCAAAGCUGUCAAAUUCGAUUCGAGUUUUUCAAAUUCGGUUCGAGUUUUUCAAAAAAUUCAAAUUAGAUUUUUGAGAUUUAUCAUACACUGGCCUUUUAAGAACUCAAAUCAACUAUUUGCCACCAAAAACCUGCCGCAUUGCUGAUGAAGUGAAUGGGAGACAUCAAGGGAUCAAUUUGGAGUUGUUUGCAGCCUUCCUGACAUUUGAGGUUUUUUCUUGUAAUGAUUUCCAUAGCUUUGUUGCGCCUGUAUUGCACAGAGACGGCAGUUUAGAGUUCACUUCAUGUAGACACAAAGAAGGUUUUUGAGGAAAGGUACUUUGUUCCCAUUUGGUGUAUAGUAAUUCAAGCUACAGCAGGAAGGCCCUUCCCUUUUUAUGUAAGCAUGAGUUAGCUCUCUGCAUGUAUACAUACAUAAAUAGGGAGUUAUUUGUCACUGGAUCAUAAAACAAAUGAAAGACUUAGUUCCCAAGAUAGAUAUAUCAAUGGGGUUGGGUGUCAUACAGUAUGAGCUAUUUGUUUUACAGAAAAUACACAUACUACAUUUUCUUAUUUGAAAGGACUUGCUAAAUCUUAUUUUAU